GUGUCAUGGAGUUCCUCAAGUUGACUGAGGCCUCUCCGAGCAUUCGAGGAGCUCAAUUACUGAAGGAGUUGUUCCAGCAGUCCGCGAGAAGAGAAUGGGACGAAAAGCUCGUUCCGUACCAAGUGUGGGAGAAUACGGGUCACUUGUACGUAUCGCUCCACCAAGGAAAGGCUUUACUCUCGUUUGAUGUCGUUCCUCAAGGCCAGAGAAAUGUGGACAGUAGAGGUGUGUUAGAGGCGCUGCGUUUUGGCAGAGUUCGACCACAGGUUGGGUCUGGAUCGCUGCUGUAUAUAUGCAGCGGCUCCCCUAUCAUCAACAUCUGCUUCCUAGGCAGCGAUCACACAGUGCUUUACUUGGUACACGCCAAUGGUGAAGUGCAUUUGUGGAAGUUCAAGCGGCCUGGCUAUGUCUGGAAACAGCAAGCUACAUUUCAUCUGGCCAGUGGUUCGAAUGUUAUAGUGACAUCAGUUAUACUCUGUUCGUCAUUAGAGCACAGUUUUGUUUGGUGUGAAGAGAGAUUCGAUGGUGAAGCGGAACGUUGGAUGGUGUGCGUGAGACCACUAAGCUCUGAUUCAACGGUCAACACUAAAGACGACGAGACGAUCAGAUUGUGGAAUUCUGUCGGUCCAGCUACCGUGGUUGUCCACAACUGCCCUUCUAUGUCUCUAUACACAUUAAAGACUGGAGUAUGGCUGAUGCCUUGUCGAUGGCCUGCACCCAAAAAUUUGUCUAUGUUCUACUCAUUUCAGUCCAAAUCAUUGAAGACAUUUGUGUGGGGACACGGCCACCCGGCUGUCAACUCCACGUUUUCCUCAGCACCAGAUUUCAAAGUCGUGGCAUCUAGACUGGCAUGUUUGUGGACAAAGUCUAAGAGCAAUGCCGAUUUGCUUGCUUUGUGUACUCAUUCUAUGACACAUCAGUUGAUCGGAGUCGGAUCAGAUGGCAGUCUAUAUGAACUUUAUUCAGAUGAAGGUGUACCAGUUGCAUCUCAUAUUUGCCAGCUUUCUUCGUUUAUCGAUGCUGCAGUGGACUGUAGUUCAGUUGUUGACUUGUCACAUCGAAACACCGGGGUGUUUCUUUGUUUGUUUCUGUUUCGAACAUUCGCUCUUAUUCAGUUUCCAGGUGGUCUUCUGAGAUUGUAUCUGUGCUCAACUGGUUCACUCCUCUGGCAGAGUGAACGACUGAGUGGCUCAAGUUUACGUUUGUGGACUUCACACGGUCUCGGUUCUUCAAUCGGUGUGUGGACAUUGAAUGGAAUACACAGACUUCAGAGUAAGCCCAUAAUAGAACAAGCACAGCUGAUUUCUUCAGGUAGAAUUAUGUAUGAUGAACAGAAUGUGACACUUCAGGAAAGCACUACCGAUGUUGAUUGUGAUUUGACUCAAAACUUGGUUGCUGCUGCGAGGUAUUGUAAGCUAUGGGGACUGAAGCCGUGGACUGAGAAAUUUAUUUUGGAUGCCCUGCAUACAGAAGUGAAGAACAAAACAGAAGGUCAGCAGAGGCUGAACUCAGAGCUUGCUGAAUUACUGAAUUUUGACUGCUUGCAUAGUCCGGCAUUGUUGAUGGCUCUUCUCACACACUUUCCUGGUCAUCGACACGAGAUAGUUCACAAAGUUAAGACAUUUCUUACUGAAUAUGAUGCACAAGGUGAUGGUAGUCAAAGAGCCGUUGCAGCCGAAUAUCAUCAAACUGUGUCCAAACAACAACUAAUUGGUUCUGCUUUGAAUGAUGAAAUAGUGCCGUUACUACGGGACUAUGUGUCUUUGCAUGAUCAAGUCCACCUACUACUCUCGGACACCUCAGUUGCAAAACAGGAAUGGUCAUCUCCGCUGUUUCUCAGUGUGAACAAGCAGGUCACAGAAAUCCUAGAAAAGACGUUUGCUGUUGACCAAUCGUCUAGUUUACAAGACCAAACUGAUUUCUCCGAUCGCCUUGAUUCAUUGGCAUUGGAUUCACCAUGUGAAGUCCUUGACGCCAUUUUGGACUUCCUCGAGCUUUCGGAUAUGAAGAAGGCAAUAGAUGAAAUUACCAAUCAGUCGUGGCAGAGCAGACACGAUUGGAAGAACAUCUUAAUGCCACUGGAUCGAUCGUAUCAGGAUUCGAAUGUUACUACCAGCAUUCCUCUGUUUGAAAUAAUGUGUCGGCUUUUCUAUAAUGAGCGACCCGACUCACUGGCUCUGUUUGUGAACUUUUGUCAACUUGCUCGAGAUUACAAUGCAAAAUCGGAGCCGUUCUUUGCCAGAUCCAGUCGAGAGCAUUAUUUUUUCAAACGAGCUCUUGAUUCUCUCCCACCUUGUGUGUCUGUGGAUACGACUCCCAUGUCAUUGGAAACCAUGAAAGCUCGCGUGCAAUUGAUGGUUCGAAGCGGUCAGUCUCAUAUGGAAGUUGAGUCUCUACGAUUGUAUUUACGUUGCCGUUUAUGGAGUAGUGCUCUGGAAUUGGCUAAGCAAUUUGCUGAUCAGAGUGUCACUCACUACGAAAUGUUUCACGCUCUUCUCAAUGCUUUUCUUGAGGCCAGGGUUUUCAAAUUAUUUCAAGCGCAGUUGCUCUCACUCAUGCCCAAGGAAUUUCGAUUGCAAGACUUCUUGUCAAUACUUGACGUGCACAUUUUGAAAAGUUCUUGUGAUAUUGUGGUCGCGCAGGACGACGACUUUGUGACGGUUGGGGAUUUAUUGCCUUUUCUUACACUGUUAGCUGAAACUUAGGAGGCGAUAUUUGAUGAUAUCGUUGUUGUUGUUGUUGUUACUGAGUGGCAUAUUGCUGGUAUUUAUUUGCGCUAUGCAGCAAUCUAUCGAUUCUGUUUAUUGAUGUGGAGAGAGACAGACGUUUGAUAUGCACACUGUUGUUUGAUAUGUUUGUAUAGAAAUGUCAUUGUUUAUCUAAAUGGACAAAAUAUAGUAUAGUCUAGACA